GGCGGCCUCGAAUUUGUUUCUCGAGCUGCAACCAUUGAUGAUCCAUUUUUUACGGCUCGUCCCCCAAACCACCCACAUGAACUAUCCGGAAUUCAGGUGAUGUCCAUCGACAUACUCCCUUCAGAAAUUCCUCUGGAUUCUUCGAAGCAUUUCAGCAACAAGUUGUUCCCUUAUCUCCGAAGUCUGAUUCGUUCAGAGCAAGGAAAACCGUUAGACCACGAAGAUGUAUCAAAUUUAGACGUUCUUGAGCGAGGAACUAUUGUUUCUGGAGGGCUCUUGCGCGAACACCACACUUGGCUCUCUGCCCGCUUGUCAGGUUCAUCAGGUGUAUCGGCUUCACGGUCGAUGCCAAGUACCAAAAUGACUGAAAAUCCAACGAAAUCCCCUAUUCAACGGAAGAAGAAGGUACUCCUAUUAGGGUCUGGGAUGGUGGCCAAGCCCGCCGUGGAUCACAUAUCCUCGCGGAAAGAUAUCGAGGUCAUCGUCG